AUGGGUGAAUCAUUAGUUGCUGCCUCAAGUUACGAAGAUAAGAUAGGAGGGACAGCUGCCUCAGAUCCUCUUAAAGUGUCGGUUUCAUUUGGUAGAUUUGAGAAUGAUUCUUUGUCUUGGGAUAAAUGGUCAUCCUUCUCACAAAAUAAGUACUUGGAGGAAGUUGAGAAGUGUGCCACUCCUGGAUCUGUAGCUGAGAAAAAGGCUUACUUUGAGGCACAUUACAAAAAGAUUGCCGCUAAAAAGGCUGAGCUAAUAGAUCAGGAGAAGCAAAUGGAACAUUAUUUAUCGAGGGAAAACAAUAAAAAAAUUGGAGAUCUAAUGGGUAAGGCUGGUCAGACGGAUUCAGACUUUGAUAGUGGCCAAACUUCUGCAGAAGGGAUUAGGCACGAAACCAAAUUUGGAAAUGAGUGGGAUGGUGGCCAUAUCGACGAGGCUAAUGAAGACGCCGCAAUUGAUGUACAUGGUCAAGCCUCGUUGAAUGAGCUUCAUGAAGACUCUGCAAUUGAUGUACAUGGUCAAGCCUCGUUGAAUGAGCUUCAUGAAGAUGCUGCAAUUGAUGUACAAGGUCAAGCCUCGUUGAAUGGGAGAGUGAAAGAACAGGAUAGCAGAUUAGAUAGCCCUGUGUCAACCAAGUUGGAAGAAGUGGGUUUAAUUAAAGAGGAGGAAUCUGGGUCUCAAGACAUGAGGGAAUUCCCAAAGAACUCAGAGAAAGAGAUGGAAAGCAUCCUUAUGAUCAAAGAGGAAAAAGUGAAGUUAGAUCAUCAGAAGGAAUCUCCAAAGAUUACUCCAAUGAGCAAGGUUAGAGAUACGGCAAGGGCAAAGAAGAAACCAGAAGCACCUGUAACUAAACGGCCCCAAGUUUCCACUCCGAAGGUCUCAAAGCCUGCGUCAACUUCUGGUUCACGGUCUGCAUCACGGUCUUCCACAAAAAAUGCUAAUGGUUCAUUGUUACCAAGGGGCAAAAAUCCUCCUGUUGGAGGGAAUAAGAAAGCGACUCCUAAAUCCUUGCACAUGUCUCUGAGCAUGGAGUCCCCAAAUUCUGAGCCAGCUCCUCGUACAACUACAAGAAAAUCAUUUAUUAUGGAGAAAAUGGGGGAUAAGGACAUUGUCAAAAGAGCAUUUAAGACAUUCCAAAACAAUUUCAGCCAGUUGAAAUCUUCUGCUGAAGAUAGAUCUAUUGAAGCAAAGCAGGUGCCUGCAAAAGGGACAGACAUUAAGGUUUCCACGUCUAUGACACCACGAAAGGAGAAUGGAGGGUCUAUCAAAUCUGGCGGGGUGGAUAGGAGAACUGCUAAGCUCGCACCAACUUCUUUUGUCUUGAAAAGUGAUGAAAAGGCAGAGAGAAGGAAAGAGAAAUUGGAAGGAAAAUCCAACACUAAGGAGGCAGAGAGCAUGCGCCUUCGAACAAAAUCAAAGGAGGAAAAAGAGGCAGAGAUUAAAAAGCUAAGACAGAGCUUUAAUUUCAAAGCCACGCCCAUGCCAGGUUUUUAUAGAGGACAGAAGGCAUCAAAAAGCCCAUUAGAUAAGGAUUGUACAUAUGGAGCGGAGGAAUUGCUUUCCAACAAGGAACCUCAUCAUGAGAGUAUCACUUGGCAAAUGGCAAGCUCAGUUGCAUACUGUAUAUUAGAAUUGCAACCAGAGAAACUGGAUAUCAAUCAUGUUGUCUGGAAUAGAUAG